UGAAAUCCGACCGCACAUUUUUUUCUACGCAAUAUUUUUAACAAAAACCCGCCAAAAACCUAGUCAAAUCCUGCAAAAUACACCAAAAGUUGAAAAGUUUUCCGCGGGAGGAAUUGUCAACGUUCGAACACCUCUCGUUCAUUUAUUCUCUUACAAGUGGAUUAAUUGAGGCUCCCUUGGAAGGUGAUCUCCCCUGGAUCGUAAUUGGAACGAGUGCUCGGCCGAGGGUUACGAGAUCAAUUGGUUGGUCGAGUUAUCGGAGUACAGGACAGAGAGGGAAAGUCUCCAGAAGAAAAAGAAGAAGAAGAAGAAGAAGAAGAAGAAGAAGAGAAAGCGUUCGAUUUCGAUAGUGCGUCGAGGCGAAUCGUGGAUAGGGUGAUCACGAUAGGGAUUGAAAUCUCUGAUCGGGUGGCAAAAGUGGUGAAUUGUCGAGGGCCGAAGAGUCGAGCGAAGAGUCGAGGAGGACGAGAAAGGCGAGUCGAGAGGAUGUCGACGACGGCGGCGCAAUGCAGCAGCGGCGGCAACAUCGGCAACAAGAAGGAGAACACCGGCUGCACCGGCGGCAGCAACAGCAGCUGCAAUUAGUGCCGGUUCACGACGGUCGCGAGACUAGGUAACCGCUGAAAGGGCGGCGAGAGCGCGGGGGGGCGGCCAGGCCGAGGUGUUGGUUCGAGGGUGUGUGUGCCAGGAGUGCGCGAAAGGGAGACAAAAUGUGGUGGUGGAGGUGCCGGUGGAGUGUCGCGACUACGACCACGGUGUUCGUGUUGGGGAUUGCAACGGUGUACUCGCAGCUCGAGAUAUCUGAUCUGGAUAAGCCAAUUCCAGUGAUUACUAUCAGCGGGGUUGUAGGAAACAAAGUGCACCUUCCUUGUGAUAUUCGUUCUGCCGACAACGACGAAGUGAGCAUGGUACUGUGGUACAAGGAGGGUGCUGGAGAACCCAUCUACAGCUUCGACGUCCGUGGUCGCCGACAGUUCAACAAUGCUCGCCUCUGGUCGUCGCCGACGGCACUGGGACCAAGAGCUUUUUUUAUCACAGCGUCGAAUCCUGCUCACCUCAGCAUCGAUCGGCUGGAAACUAAGGACGAAGGGAUCUAUCGGUGUCGAGUGGACUUUAAGAAUUCGCCGACGAGAAAGCAAAAGAUGAAUUUGACUGUUAUAGUUCCUCCGUCGAAGCCGAUGAUACUGGACGGGACGACGAGGGACAUCUCGAGGUUGGAGGAGCCGUACAACGAGGGGAGUGACGUGAACCUGAUUUGCGAGGUACGAGGUGGCAGGCCGCCCCCGAAGCUGACGUGGUACCUCGAGAACACCGUGAUAGACGAAUCCUAUCGCUACAAUGCCGAGACUGGACUCACGGUUAAUCUCUUGUCCUAUCCCAAAGUUGGAAGGCAACAUCUGAAGGCUCGGUUGAUCUGCGAGGCGAGCAACACAAAUUUGGUGCCACCGCAGACCAGGCUGGUCAUCUUGGAUAUGAAUCUAAAGCCAUUGGUCGUGCAAAUUUUGACGAAGGAGCCUCGAGUUUCCGCUGACAAAAACUACGAAGUGGAGUGCAGGACAAGUGGUUCUAGACCGGAACCAGUAAUUACUUGGUGGAAAGGGGACAAGCAGAUUAAGAAAAUAGCGCAAAACUACGCGCUGGAAAAUAAUCAGACUCUUAGUAUCCUGAGUUUCGUGCCAAGCAUCGACGACGACGGCAAAUACUUAACCUGUCGGGCGGAGAAUCCUGUUAUUCCUGAAAGCGCUUUGGAGGAUAGGUGGAGGCUGGACGUGCAGUAUCAGCCUGUGGUAACUCUGAAGAUGGGCAAGACCUUGAAUCCAGAUGAUAUCAAAGAGGGUGACGACGUCUACUUCGAGUGCUCGGUCAGGGCUAAUCCGAAAGUGUACAAGCUUGCCUGGUUUAAGGAUGGCAGAGAGCUUAAAAACAAUGCCACAGCAGGUAUCGUCCUCAGCGAUCAUUCUCUGGUUCUUCAGCGUAUAACUCGAUACUCGGCAGGUGAUUACACUUGUCUCGUUGCCAACAGCGAAGGGAAGACUGCCAGUAAUCCGGUGACUCUUCAAAUAAUGUAUACCCCGGUGUGCAAGGAGGGAAGGGGCGAGGUAGUUGUGGGUGCGCUGAAGCAAGAGACCGUAUCGUUGGUUUGUUCCGUGGAAAGUCAUCCAGCACCGUUGACUUUCCACUGGACAUUCAAUAAUUCUGGGGAGCUAGUUGAGGUCCCUCAUCCCCGUUACUCCCAUGUGGCGGCGGUCGGGACGCCGUCUGUCGCAGAGAGCCUGAAAGAGUACCAACAAUUCCACGGGCCCAGGUUGAACUAUACACCCGCAACGGAAAUGGACUACGGCACGGUGGCAUGCUGGGCGAGCAACCAGGUUGGCAAGCAACGGACGCCAUGCCUCUUUCAGGUGAUAGCCGCAGGACGUCCGUACGCUCUGCAUAACUGCACAACGACGGAAAUGUCCGCGCCUUUGGACUCGGAGGAGUUGAGCGCGAGAUCCGGUACGGGACUGAUAGUUCGCUGUUUGGAGGGUUACGAUGGCGGUCUUCCGAUCUACAGCUACCAGUUGGAGGUGGUCGCGGACGAGGAUGGCGGGCCAAUUUUGUUGAACAAAACUGUGCCGGCAAACCCGAACGGACCGACUUUCGAGGUGGCAGGCCUAACCACGGGAAGGAGUUAUCGACUUUUUCUAUACGCGAUUAAUGCAAAGGGGAGGAGCGAGCCUGCCAUUCUCGAGCCAGUGACCCUGAAGGGUGUCGCCAUGUACACGACCGGGAACACGGACGCGUCAAUGCUGAGCCCGUUGCUGCUGGGCCUCGCGGCAACAGCGACUUUUUUGGCCCUGGCCGUAGCUGGGAUCCUGGCGGCUCUCUACCGGAAGCACUCGAACGGCCGCCCCGGAAGUCCAAAGCACGCUCCCAUCGUGUGCGACCCUCCUAAUACGGGUGCAACAACUCCGGUACACCCCCAGACCAAGCAGGCGGUCGAUGACAUCGAUCCAGACAUCAUACCCAACGAGUAUGAGAGAAGACCUCUAACGUACACUCCGAUAUAUAAGACGCCUCCGCAACGGAGAAAGAAGGAUCGUGUCAUGGACGAGGCGAUCUCGCCAGAGAAAAGGCCGAUCGUGCAACACGGUCUGGAUCUACCACCUGACUCGUUGUUGAGCGACUGUCUGCCAACGCCGACCAUAAAUUAUCCCCAAAAUCACAUAUCCCAAUCGAAUACGUACAGCAAUCCACCCACCAUGGCUGACUUCAAGCAGAUGGCAAUGGACGAUUACAAUCAACGAAACAAGCAAAACAUGUACUACAGCCUCCAGAGGUCAGGCAAAGGUUUGUCAUCGAUGCCGCAGAGGCCGGUCUCCUCCUCGGUCUCCGCGCAGGGGAAGUUCCAUCAGCCGGAAGUGGUGACGCGCUCGAAUCGGAUACAAGAAAGUUGUAUAUAAAUCUCGCGAUCAAAGUCUCGCCGUGUCGAGAGACUCGAGUGGCUCAGAGAGCGUUCUCUCAAAGAGAAGCUAGUUACAAAUUGCGCGGGAAUCCCCAAUCCCACAAAAGGGGAGGAAUUCUCGAAUUCUCGCGUGAAAUCUCGUGCGUUGCGUCUUCCUAAGGUCGACGACUCUACGUUACGAAAAACGUUGUACAAAGAAAGGAAAAAUAAGAAGAAAGAAAAGAAGAAGAAGAAAAAGAAGAAGAAGAAGUAACGAAAUAAAAGAGAAAGCGAGAUGAGAAAUUUCCGGGUCGUCGUGACGGGAACGAGGAAUAGCAUACAGGCGAUUUUAGUCGUGUAGAUUGGACAAGUGGAAUAUCGGGAUACUCGACGAGUUAAUGAAACGUCGAUGAUUAGACAGGAACUCGAUGCUUGAUGGAGUGUAUCGGAUCGUGAUGGGUUCUCGUUCGAUUGUCCGUUCUUUUUCUACCUGCAGAUUUUUAUAACGGAGUACGGCCACGUUCGCGAAUGAAACGAAGAGACCGGGUUUCGAAGAGGAUGGAAACCGAGUGCCCGAUAAAGAGAGAGGUCCAAUUUGACGGUGGAUCGUCGUCGAAUCGCCCGACACGUGGUAACGUGGAGGGAUAUCGAAUGUCCCGUCCUCGUUCUCGGCUCAUGUACCGAGAACCCAGGAUCAUCCGUACAUUUUACUGUUUAUAUGAGAUUAGUUUUUGUACAAAGAUUCUAUUGUAAAUAGGCGAGAUAGCCUGGCCCUAGUUGGAUAGUCACAACCGAUGUCCGAAUUUCAUUCGCUAAAAAAGUCACGUGUUGUUAAGUCAGGGGAGAGAGGAUUGUUCGGUCACGUAAGAUAAAUACUCGAUGGCAUACGAAAUAAAGAGAAUACGUUUCAUCUGUUUUACAGAAACGAGUGCCUCGCCCACUUGUCGUCCUGUCCGAACCUUUUCCCGAUCUUCUCUAUUUAAGAGAGGAGAGAACGUACGGAAUGAACAGCCGAAAUUUCGGCCGCACGUGAGCCGAAUCUCGUUACACGGUCCAGUGUCCAUCACGUUCCCUAUGCCGAACGUGAAGGAAAUCUUGGGGUGCAUCCACGACGAUGAAAGUACCAUGAAAAUUUUACUCCAAGUGGGAUCACACGAUGGAGUGUUUGGCUUAAGAAGUUGGCCGAAAUUCAAAUUUUCAAACUCUUAAGGACGUAGGAAGUAUGCUUAAGAUGAAAUCGAUUAUGCAUUUGGAAAUAAUCCAAAGAUACACUAUUAUAUAACUUGUUAACAGCGUUUUAAUCUAUUUGAUCGUGUUAAAAUUAUUUUAAAAUUGCUGGUAAAAUUUUAUUAUUAUUAUUAUUAUUAUUUUUUUUUUUUUUUUUUUUUUUUUACGUAUGUGUUUGAUCUUUAAAUAAGAAUCUUAAUAUGAAAAUUUUUUUUUGGCCAGCUUUUUAAGUUGAGUAUUCCAUAGUACUGUUCGAGAACGGGCUCAAUUUUAACGAUGAUUAAAAUAUGAUUAAUUUUUUUUGUUCAGUAUAAUCUAAUGUUUAAUCGAAUUUAUAUUCUAGUUUGGAAUUAUUUUAAUCUUAAUAGAGAUAUAUUUUGUUUAUUGAAUCGUGUAAACAUUAUUUUGCCUAAUUUUUGCCUUAAACGAAGCUGGAUGUAUCGUUUCGAUUCAUUUUUUGUUGGCAUUAUUGUCAUUUGGAUAUUCGAUCGAUAUGUUUUUAUGUAUUAUAGCGCUUCAAUAUAAAUUUUAUUUGUCAUUUGUGUUGUUGUGUUUCAACAAUUUAUUUCAUUUUUCUAUUCUGUUUU